UAAAUUUUCAAACUCAAAAUCUGAAUACACUGAAAAUAUAUGAAAAUUUUGUUUUUAUAAUUUACACUUUUGAUCAUAGAACAAAUUUCUACCAAAUAUACCCUAUUUUUUCUCCCAUUCCUAGGUUUAAAAUUUGAGAACCCAACAAAAUGAAAUGAGAUGGACAGGAUGGGCAUGGCCAAUAAGGUAAAGAUUUACGAAGACCCCUGGCCGUGCUGCUGACUAACAAGUUGCUUUGCUUACAACAUGGAUGAAUCCAGAACUCCACCGUUAUUUCCCUUCAACUGAGAAGCUUGUCACCAUUGCAAUGGCGGCAACAGAGCCAUCAAUUUCCGAUCCAACUGUCCAGAUAUGCCUGACAACAUUCACGUUUUUCCGCCGCCUAAAUCAACCCCCACGCGUCAUCCACAUUCUUCAAUCCUUCAAAAUGCCCCAACCAAAUCCCCCCUUCACAUGCUUUUUCCCACCGCAAACCCUUUCUUCUUUCCUCCGUUUCUCCUUUUCCGAUAUGAGUUAGAACUCGAACUUUUUGGCAAUGGCGGCUGCAUCUGAAAAUGGGGUUUCUAGGGAAGUGCAGCUUUCAAUGGCGGUUUCUUCUAUGUUUCCUGGUUUUCGCUUUUCGCCGACAGAUGAGGAGUUGCUUUCGUUUUACCUCAAGAAGAAAUUGGAGGGUUACGAGAAGAGCGUUGAAAUCAUUACGGAGGUUGAAAUUUACAAGUACGAACCCUGGGACUUACCUGCCAAAUCUAUCAUUCAAUCAGAUAAUGAGUGGUUCUUCUUCUCCCCUCGUGGAAAGAAGUACCCAAAUGGUAAUCAGACCAGGAGAGCCACUGAUUUAGGCUACUGGAAAGCCACAGGGAAAGAACGUAAUGUAAAGUCAGGUUCUAAUACUAUUGGUACUAAGAGGACUCUGGUCUUCCAUACGGGCCGUGCACCUAAAGGGGAAAGAACAGAGUGGAUUAUGCAUGAAUAUAACACCAAAGAUAAAGCUCAGGAUUUUCUAGUUGUUUGUCGCCUCAGGAGGAAUAACGAAUUUCGUCAACAUAGUUGUUCAAACCGAGCUUCUUCUAGUCGAAUGCAUUUAUCCUCUUUGCAAACUCAUUCUAGCGAGCAGGUAGAUUCUACAUCUGAAUCCAACCAAAAAGAUGCAGCUGAAACCGCACCUGUUGAGUCCUUGGGUGAUCACGAUCAGAAGGAUUAUGGUUCUGAUGAUUUCUACUCCGACAUACUAAAAGAUGACAUUAUAAACCUGGACACUGUACCUUUUGGUGCUGCUUCGGAUCCUUUACCACUGAUUUUCCAUAGAUCAGACACAGAGAGAAGAUCCCAGCACGAGGCCAAUGAUGUUUUCGAAUGGCCACCGAACCAAGGCUCUGCUAAUCGGAGAAUCAGGUUGAAAAGGAGAGAAGCCAUUGGAGGAAAGAAGUUAGAGAGUAUGGAAAUUGGUGAUUACAGAAACAAGGUUGAGAAACCAAGGCUUUGUUCCACAGAACUAUGUCAAAGCCGGCCGAUGAACACAGCCUCGUCCGGGGGCAUUAUGGGAGGCUAUGGUCGAGUUGUGAUUUGUGUUUUGUUGAUUUUGAUGGCUUUGUUUAUGUCUCAAUGGGAGGUUUUUGGUACUCCCAAGGGACUCUACUGAUCUUUCUAUGCUAAUGUGCCGUAAGAGGUUAUUUUAACCAAA